CCCCAGACUCACCUCUGUAUUACUUCUCUCAAAUCGUCUCUUCUUAGCUACAUUUUUUUCCAUGAUGAGUUGGAUGAAGUGUUGUGUGUUCCCCCUGGUGCUGCUGUGCAUGUGGCAGCUGCAAGAAGGAGCACACGCCUGCACAUGUAUUUAUGACCAUCCACAGACGCAGUUUUGCCAAUCAGAUGUUGCCAUCAAGGCAAAGGUGGUUGCAAAGAAGGCUGUUGGUGGUAAAUAUGACAAUGAGAUCAAGUAUGACAUCAAACUGACCAAAAUUUUGAAAGGCCCUAACAGACCCUUUGAUACCAUCUGCACUGCAUCCUCCUCUGCAGCAUGUGGUGUGACUCUGAACAAAGGUGUAGAAUAUUAUAUCACAGGCAAACUGAAGCCAGACGGGUCUCUGUACGUGUCAUCCUGUAACUACCCUUUACCCUGGAAAAGCAGCCACAAGAUCCUGGUAGAACGUUAUAAGAUGGGCUGUGAUUGCAAGAUCAAUCGCUGCACCGCUGUCCUGUGUGACAUCACUGGUCCUACUGAGUGCUUGUGGACGGACUGGAUGACGGGGAAUUGGGUCAAUAACGAGCACGAGAAACAAUGUGCUUGCAUCAAGAGAAGGGAUGGUUCUUGUUCCUGGUACCAGGAGGCCGCCUCACCCAAAAAGGGUUAAUGAACAUUAUAGACCUUCAAAACCUCAUGCAAAACAUGUCCAUUAUGAAUAAAUAUUUAAAGCAAUGCAGUGUUUUUUACUAUGAGAUUGCAUGUUCUUAAAAUGACAAUCAUGAGUUUAGCACUUCCGUACAAAGUACUGCUUCAGCAAGAAAACCGUGCAUUACUUCAACUUUUAUUGCAUUUGUCUUAACACCUGUUUUUUGUGGAUUUUAAUCACAGAUUGGCUUUUUUUUUUGGCAUGAUUCUGGACUGAACCCAAACCCCUCCUAUUUAGAUGUGCUGUA